AUGAAGAUUCUUCUUCUCUCUAUUUCCAACUUCAGACGAGCACCUCCAUCGCUCUUAAGUAUCCAGAAACCUCAUCCCGCGUAUGACCAGAUCCACAAUGUGUCGAAGCCAAAGGCAGCAAUAGACCCCAAUGGGGGCUCCAUCUCGCCCGGUCAUCGAGGUCUUCACGCCGACGCCGGAAGCUCUCAGCCGUAUAUGGUGAAGUGGAACAAACUGGGGGCCAUGGAAUCCGUCGACCCCAGUGACAGUUAUCGUGAGCAUGGCCACUUAAGCCCAGAGUUGCUCAGCUGCCAACGUAAGGCUUACAUUUCAUCAACACAAUACCCGUCUGGGCAGUGUCUACAGCUCCGAGUCAUCGAAGAGGAGCCUCGUCAAGAGUUUAGAAUUCUUGUUUCGGCGGUGCCUGAUUCUGAUCACGCAGGCACACCAGGCUGCAAUGUGUCUACGCCGUUCUGGCACAUUAAGGCUGAGUGCGGCGCGGGGCCUUGGCCCGGGCCGGAAAUAAAUCCUCGGGUCGCGGAAUAA